GUAGGUCCUCAAACUGGAGUCCUGCCCUAGCCCCAGAGGCAGCCUGCUUCACAGCUGACCCGUCCUACCCUUCAAACAGUAUCGACCAGGUUUCGGCGGCGGCGGCGGUUUCGACCCGGAGGACAUGUAUAACAUGGCACGCUCAGGCGGCAUGAUGCGCGGCCCGGCGAUGCGGCGCUUCGACGAGUACUUCCGAUGCUACCCCCUGAUCAUGGCGCCCGGUUCCGAGCGCCCGGAGCUCAACUACGGCUCCAAGAUCUUCCUGCCGCCCUCGGCCCUGCAAAAGAUCUCGCAGCUUCACGUGCAGUGGCCGCUCAUGAUGGAGCUCGUCAACGGCGAGAAGGAGCGCAUGACCCACGCUGGUGUGCUCGAGUUCGUGGCAGAAGAGGGAAGGGCAUAUAUACCACAAUGGAUGAUGCAGUCGCUACAGCUCGAUGUCGGCGACAUGAUCCAGAUAAAGUCGACAUCGCUCGAGCUGGCCAAGAUGGUCAAGCUCCAGCCUCAAUCAACCAACUUCCUCGAGAUCAGCGACCCAAAGGCCGUCCUAGAGAAGGCAUUUAGGAACUUUGCCACUCUGACGCGCGGCGACGUGUUCAAUUUCGAGUACAAUGACGAGGUCUACGAAGUUGCCGUGCUCGAGGUGAAGCCCGAGACGGAGAAGAUGGGCGUGUGCAUGAUCGAAACAGAUGUCUCGGUCGAGUUCGCCCCGCCGGUGGGCUACGUCGAGCCGCAGAAGGGCAGCGGCACAAGCACGCCGAGAAGCACGCGGGGAGGAGGAGGAGCAGGAGGAGGCUUGCCGCCGGGAGGCUUGCUGCACAACCAGGGCACCAUGGCGCAGAGCAUAAACUACGACGCCAUCAAGCCCGAGUCCAGCACCGCCGCGGCAGGCGCCCGCGCCGUGUCGUCACAUUUCCUCCACGAGGGCCACAAGCUCGUCUCCAAGAAGGGCAGCAAGGCGCCCACCCCAAAACCAUCGACACCAGUGGCCGGCUCGUCCUCGAAUAGCAAGGUGCCGCCUGCGCCGCCGAAGCGCACGACAAACGGGCCUAUGCCGCUUCGGCUUCCCCCCAACAAGAUCUUCUUCGGCUACGACAUCAAGCCAGUAAAGACCGACGCGGACAAGCAGGCAGAAAAAGAGAAUGCUGAGCGGCCGCACUUCGCCGGACAGGGACAGACCCUGCGCGGCGGGACCAAGAAGAAAGGCGUGGAGACUCCAGAGGAUGGCGGUGGCAGUAGCAGUAAGGGCAAUGACAAGAAGUCCACGACGGAUAGCGGGGGCGGAGGCUCGACGGGAAGCAGGCGACGUAAAGAAGAAGGCAUGGCAAGAUAGUGUCGUGAGCGGGGCGUAUGAUAGCGCAACGCGCCCCUGUGGAUGCGAAGGGUCUCGUCAGCUACGUCGUUUGCUCAUUCUCGCGAGCAUGGUGGAUAAGUGGGAGCAUAGAAUUACAAAAACGUCACGAACCACAGCUGACCUCGUGGUCCAAGAGGAUAUCUCGGCGCUGGGCAUCUUUUGUG